CUUUUUCCGUUCCUCUCUUUCUCUUUCCUCUUCUUCUUUUAUUGUUUUCACCCUCGCUUAUGACCUUUUACUGUAAAUCCUAAAGCUUUCCAUCGACUUUCUAUUUCCAAUUGUACCAUUGACUCCAAUUAGCAUCGCGAUCACUAAAAAAAAGGAAAGAAAAAUAUACAAAUCGACAGAUAUGUGGAUCGUUACACGGAUUUUUGGUGAUUCAUGGUGGACACGAGCCAUCUUUGUCAACAUCCUCGUGCAAGCCGCCCUCGCCAUCCUCUUUGAAGCUGUCAUUUUCAAUUAUCAUGCCGACACAAUCGAUAUCAUCAACCAGCAACGGCUGAACGAGCAACACUACGGACAAAACUUGCUGACAGCCUAUGCCAAUGCACGCUCAUUACUCGUGUACUUUACAUUAUUCAUCAUUGCGCAGAUAUUCACUGUCGUUCUGGUUCUUGAUGCGAUAUAUCAAAAGAACACCAUUGAGCUUAUUGCCUUGGUUGCAUUUGAAGUCGGCAUGAGCGCUUACUCGCUUAUCCAGUACCAUCAGUCAUCCAAUCUAUUCAGUGACACGUCUGAUCCAAACGUCAACUUGGUCGUUAACUUUCUAGGAGACUCGCUCCAUGCAUCCAGCUGGGCUGAAAUCACCCAAAUCUGUUUAAUGAUCAUCAGCAGCAUCAUUUUCAUCUUUCUCGCGUACAAGCUGUACUUGGAGUUUGGCUGGCACAUUUACAAAAAGAUAGGCGCUGAUCUUGCGAUGCGAGACCGCUACAAGAUGUAUCAAAUCUUCAUGAUGCUUUUGAAGUUUGACUUUUUCUUUUUUCUCGGAUUCUCUAUCCAGUACCUGGCCUUGUUUAUCGUUGCAUGGUGGCCAGAAGCAGACACACCAGAGCAAACGACGGAGCUAAUCAAAAAGUUGAUUGAGCAUAUUGCACUGAGCUGUCUGGUCACUGUAGUCAUGCUGCUUCUUGCUUACAUGGGUCUUCGCCGCGAAUGCAAGUGGCAUCUGUAUACUUUUAGCGCAUUAUCCACAGCCAGUAUGGCGUAUUUCAUUUACGUGCUGGUGCAAAUCUCCCAAGAGCCGCAAAAGUUUGUCGGUUCCAAGGCAUUCCUUACCUUCUUCUUAUGCGUAGAUAUGGUUUUAAUAUUGGUUACUGUUCCCAUAUCGAUGAUCUGUGUCCGAAACUUUAACCAUGGUUUAAUUAACCACAUCUCACAUGCCACUGGAGCGGCAACAUCCUCACACUCUAUGGGCCCCAUGGGGGGCGACAGAGAAGAGAAAGUCGAAUCGCCACAGCGGUGGUCGAUCGAGUAAAAAAAAAGGUUUCUUCAAUAAUAUACACUUUCUUCUCCCCAUUCUCUGUGACGAUGACUAGUAAUUAAUGGAUUUUUUCUGGAACUAGUUUGGCUACAUGAUCAUAUCAGCGCCCACAACCUCUUCUUCCGACUAUCACGCUUCGUCCAUCCUUAUUACUACAUGUUUACUUAUAUUACUACCUACUACUAUCCAUUUAAUCAUUACUUACUACUUUCUAUAUAUACUACAACAAUACUCAAAAUACAAUUAUGAGCAGAAAAGUAUUUC